AUGGACCAGCAAAUCCAACGCGACCGGUCGCCUUCGGCCGGUCAUCACCAUCCUCAAAUAUCCCCGCCCCCGGGUUCAUACCCGCAGCCCACCAACGACUCAUCGUCUGGACUCGGCCUCACCCUGGAGCAGUCCACCAACCUUAAUGCCUUCAGCACGAACCACCAUAAUAACACCAACCCCGCCGCCAGCUUCCUCAGCCCACAGCAGCAGCAACAGCAACAGACCGCGUUUGCACAACAGAGUCUGACUGACACAGCUCUCUUUGACCCGAGCGCGACCUAUAAUCAGCAGAUGCCCGCCUCUGUGCCCAACUCGGGGCUGUCCUUCACCUCACAGUCGCAGUCUGAUUACCUCUCGCCUAAUCUCAACGACGACUUCUCGCUCUUCCCCCCCGCUAGCAGCUCGGGUGAUCAUUACAAUCAACCUCUCUUCGAGACAUCCACGCUCGGUCCCAACGAUAUGAAUAAUAUGGCAUCCCCGCAAUCCCAGCACAACUCGCCGACUCCCCCCCACUUGCUACAGCCCGACUCUCACCAGCCUAGUUCAGCGCAGCACUCGCCCUCAUUCAACCAGCACCAUUUCUCAUCACCACCUGCUGGACAUCAUUCACGCAAUGUUUCUCUUGGUCCUGAGGCGGCAUUGCUCCCCGGCCAGCUGGAUGACUGGACGCAGCCUCAAUUCCAAGGCCAUCGCCGCAGCCCCUCUGCCCACUCGGAUGUCUCCUCAGUAUCACCCUCGCCAAAUCUAGUGAGCUCCGACAAUUUCGACCAAGAUCCAAUUGGGCACUCUCCCUUGCAGCGCCCUUCAGAUGCCAGCCUUUACCAAGAGGUUCUGACAAUCGGGAACUUCAGUCUUUCAGACCACUCAAUUGGCAGCCCAGGACACCAAGGACGUAGUCCGUCCCACAGCCCUGCGGUGAGCCCUCGUAUUUCUCCCCAGCAGAUGCCCGAUACCAUGCAGCAGUCUCCCUACGGUCUUGCGCCCAGCAUGGCAUAUGGGGAUACUUCGGCUUUCCCAAGUGUCCAAGUUAAUGAAGCCUUCCCAACUCUCCAGCAUAAUGGAUCGGAUAUGUCCCAAAUGGCGCCUCCGGCCAUCAAUAUCGAUUUUGCACCAAACAAUUCUAAAUUGGGCGGCUACGGCCCAUCAAAGCAGCAAAUUGAUCAAGAUUCUUUGACCCCUCCAGAACGAGGCCGCCAAAGAAAUCGUCAGCGCGCCGUUACAGACCCAUACAGCACUUCCGGACCCCAUCUAGGAAGACCCAAUCUUGGACAAAGUCCAUCGCCUUCUCUUGGUUCGGACUUGGCCAACCGUGGCGACGCCUCUCGAUCCUUGUCCCCGCUUGACAGAACCGGAGCUUCACCGUCGAGACGUAGACAGUCUACUUCGGCAGUCCCUAACAACGUCAUCGCUCUUCGCCUUGCCGACCCGGACUAUCAGAGCAGUCAAGAUACCGGCUCAGCCAAGCGCGCCCAAAAGCACCCUGCAACCUUUCAGUGUACAUUGUGCCCUAAGCGUUUCACCAGAGCCUACAAUUUGCGUUCCCACCUGCGAACACAUACAGACGAGCGACCGUUUGUCUGCACCGUUUGUGGCAAAGCAUUUGCUCGACAGCAUGACCGUAAACGUCAUGAAAGCUUGCAUUCGGGAGAGAAGAAGUUUGUCUGCAAGGGCGAACUCAAAGCAGGUGGGCAGUGGGGCUGUGGUCGACGCUUUGCCCGUGCCGACGCUCUCGGCCGUCACUUUAGGUCCGAAGCUGGCCGAAUAUGCAUCAAACCCCUCUUGGACGAGGAAAUGCUGGAGCGCCAGCGCCAGUGGCAGGAACAGCAGAUGCAACAGAAUGCCAGCCUGGCCUCGCAGGGAAUGGGCCUGGACCCGAAUACUGGUUACCCAAUAGAUGCUCGUGGCAAUCUUACACUCCCUGCCGCGUUGUUGGCACAGUACCCAGCUCUUGCUGGACUCAGCUGGCCUGGGCCUGAAAUGGGGGGAAUGGAUGAGGACCUGAGUGGCAGGUCAUCAUUUGAUGCCAGCGAUUUCGAUGACAAUGAGGAUGGGGGAUACGUCAGUGGUCCCGGCACAGGAUAUGGCGAUGGGGGAAUGGGCCAAAACUUUGGAGAAUUGAACUAUUCCAGCGACAUAGGUGGCCGCUGA